AGCAAAAACAAUAUUAAUCUAUUUUAAAAUUAAAAACAAAUAAAACAUCUAUUUUAUUGGAUUUUGAUUCAUUUUGUAAAUCAUUGCAUUCGUUGCAUUCAUUGCAUGGUCAAAUAUGUACAUGUGUAUGUAGGUUUAUUUCCUGUGUGAAUCACGAGUUGUUUAAUGGAAUAUUGAAUCAUUUAUAGAAACAUUAUCAUAUCAUUUAUUUUAAUUCUAAUAUCAUUUUAAUUAUCGAUUUAAUUAUUAAAUAAUAAUAAUAAYAAUAUAAUUGACAUAUUAUUUAUAAAUAACAUGAUAGUAAAACAAGCUGAAGUUCAGACAGGUUAUGAUCAAGAUCCAGUUGAACAAGCAUUAAAAAAGACUGGUUGCAUUGAAUUGCAUUAUCAAAUUCAGGAAUGUAUUGCUGAAACCCGAGAUUGGAGAAAGUGCCAGGAUCUUGUACAAAAGUUUAAAGUUUGUAUGGAAGAAUAUAAACGUAAACAAAAUUCAAGUUAAUUAACUAACAUUUUGUAAUCAUG